AUGGGUUCCACCAACACCUCAUUCCAGGCCCACGUGGCCAACCAGUUCAGUACCUACGAGAAGGACAGGCGGAUGCAGUCCAAGGAUGCCAUCUACACCACCAGCAACGGUGUGCCUAUGCCUCACCCCUACGAGACGCAGCGAUGUGGCGAAAAUGGCCCGUUGCUCUUGCAAGACUUUCACUUGAUCGACCUGCUGUCACAUUUCGAUCGAGAGAGAAUCCCGGAGCGUGUCGUUCACGCCAAGGGCAGCGGUGCACACGGCUUUUUCGAGUGCACGAACCCGAUUCCCGAGCUCAGCCAGGCCGACAUCUUCUCGACUAAGGGCAAGAAGUGCCCCAUCACGGUGCGGUUCUCGACGGUCGGAGGAGAGUCUGGCUCGCCUGAUCUUCAGCGCGAUCCGAGAGGCUUUUCUGUGAAAUUUAGGACGGAGGACGGUAACUGGGAUAUGGUUGCGAACAACACGCCUGUCUUCUUUCUGAGGGAUCCCGCGAAGUUUCCUCACUUUAUUCAUACGCAGAAGAGGAAUCCGCAGACCAACCUCAACCACAACGACGACUCAUUUAUGUUCUGGGAUUACCUUUCGCAAAACCCCGAGUCCAUCCAUCAGGUCAUGAUCCUCAUGGGUGACCGCGGCAUUCCCGACGGCUACCGCUUCAUGCACGGCUACGCAGGACACACUCUCAAGCUCGUCAACAAGGACGGCGACUGGGUGUACGCUCAGAUCCACAUGAAGUCCCAGCAGGGCACCAAGUUCAUCACCCAGGAGGACUCCCUCACCAUGUCAGCCGACUACUCCGGAAAGGAUCUCUUCGAGGCGAUCGAGAAGGGUGACUACCCCAAGUGGUCCGUCGAGGUUCAGACCAUGACACCCAAGCAGGCCGAGGAGGCGUGGGAGAACGACAAGAUCAACGUCUUCGACUUGACGCACGUCUGGCCGCAGGGCAAGUACCCACUCAAGAAGAUCGGCGAGUUUACCCUCAACGAGAACCCCGUCAACUACUUCGCCGAGGUUGAGCAGGUUGCCUUCAACCCCGCGCACAUGCCUCCUGGUAUUGAGCCCUCAGCCGAUCCCGUGUUGCAGUCGCGACUCUUCUCCUACCCAGACACUCAUCGCCACCGCAUCGGCGUAAACUACCAACAACUCCCCGUUAACGCCCCUCGAAACGGUUUCAACGCGGGCAACUUCCAGCGCGAUGGCGCCAUGGCUUUCUUCAAUCAAGGCGCCAGGCCCAACUAUCUCAGCUCCGUUGCACCCAUCCAGUUCAAGAGCCGCACCGUCGACUUGGAUAAGGCGCAUGGUCACUUCACCGGCGAAGCCAUCACCUUCUUAUCCGAGAUCCGACCCGAGGACUUCGUUGCUCCUCGCGCGUUGUGGCAGAAGGUAUGGGACGAGUCUGCCCGUGAGCGUUUCAUCAACAACGUCACUGGAAAGAUGGAGUUAUGCAAGGAUCAGGAACCAUUGAAGAGGCAGAUUGCCAUCUUCAGGGAGGUUGACCCCGAGAUUGCCGAGAGGCUGGAGAAGAGUACUGGUAUCAAGGGUUAUGAGGGCAUUGCCAACAUGAGGUUUAACGGCACUCACAACGGUUUUGCCAAGGAUGAGAAGAAUAGGUACGCGAACGGUAUCAACGUCUCGCAGGGUAAGAGUGUGACAGCGAACAAUGGCGCUCCUGUAACAGGGACACACAAGGCCGCGAAGGGUACCAAUGGGGUUGGAAAAUAA